GUAGUCGUUACACUCGUCCUGGAGAGAGAGAGAGAGAGAGUUAGAGAGAGAAAGCGCAAGAAAGUGAAAAAAAAAAAGUGGAAAGCUUGAGAGUACCAGAUCAAUCAACGAUUUCUGAGCACGGAAUCAAAAUCUUAAGUCCUAAGCCCAAAAAAGGAGAGAAAGAGGAAGAGAGAGAAAGUCUAGGGUUUCUGAUCGUUGAUCGGCCGCCGGGAAAUGGCGAGUCCGCAGUCGGAGCGGCUACUGAUGACGCCGAGUUCUGGUCGGCCACUGUCGAUUACGCCUGGCUCUAGGGUUUUACAGAGCCCUCUUAGCGACGAAGCUAUAUGGAAGCGUCUCAAAGAAGCUGGCUUCGAUGAGGAAUCGAUUCGGCGAAGAGACAAGGCUGCGCUCAUAGCGUAUAUUGCUAAGCUUGAAGCUGAGAUUUUUGAUCAUCAACACCACAUGGGUCUUCUCAUAAUGGAAAGGAAGGAGUUCACUUCUAAGUAUGAGCAAAUUAAAGCCUCUGCCGAGACAGUUGAAAUAUUGUCCAAGCGUGAUCAAGCUUCACAGUUGACUGUGUUGGCUGAGGCAAGGAAGCGAGAAGAGAAGCUGAAGAAGGCGAUAGGAGUCAAGGAAGAGUGCAUAGCAAGUCUUGAAAAGGCAUUGCAUGAAAUGCGCGCUGAAUCCGCUGAAACUAAGAUUGGGGCUGAGAGCAAAUUGGCUGAAGCAAAUAGUAUGAUGGAAGAAACUCAUAAGAAAUUCAUUGAGGCCGAGGCAAAGCUGCAUGCAGCAGAAUCUUUACAAGUAGAAGCUAGUCGAUAUCGCAGUGUUGCUGAAAGAAAGCUGCAGGAAGUUGAAGCCCGUGAAGAUGAUCUUAGAAGGCGCAUUGAAAGUUUCAAGUUGGAUUGUGAUGAAAAAGAGAAGGAGAUGAGUCUUGAGCGACAAUCUUUAUGUGAAAGGCAGAAAUCUUUACAACAGGAACAGGAUAGAUCACUUGAAGCACAAGCUUUGUUAAAUCAGCGGGAAGAUUACCUUUUCAGUCGAUCUCAGAAACUAGAUCAACUUGAGAAAGAGUUGGAGGACACAAAAAGAAAUAUCAAGGAGGAGCGUAGAGCCAUGAGUGAGGAGAAAUCCAAGUUAGAGCUGAUAGAGGUUUCCCUACGAAAAAGAGAGGAGGUUUUAGGUAAGAGGGAAGCUUUGUUAAAUGAUAAAGAGAAAGACCUACUUCUUUCAGAGGAAAAGCUUGCAAGCAAGGAGUCUAAUGAAAUUCAUAAGGUUAUUGCAAAUCAUGAAGUUGGUUUGAGAACAAGGAAGUCUGCAUUUGAUGCUGAGCUGGAGAUGAAACGCAAAUCGGUAGAAGAUGAACUGGAGGCUAAGAGACGGGCUUGGGAAUUGAGGGAGGUGGAUCUUUGUCAACGUGAGGACCUAGUCAAAGAAAAAGAACAUGACUUGGAAGUUCAGUCAAGCGUAUUGGUUGAUAGGGAGAAAGAUGUGGCGGAGAUGUCAAGUUUUCUUGAAGAGAAAGAAAAAAGUCUGAGAGCUGCUGAGAAGGACGUUGAGCUGAGUAAAGUUCUUUUACAAAGAGAAAAAGAAGAGGCUAUCAAAAUGAAGCAAGAGCUGAACAACUCUUUGAAUUCACUUGAAGACAAAAAGCAACAACUUGAUUGUGACAAGGAAAAGUUUGAGGUUUUGAAAACAGAAACAAUUGAGUUAUCACUUUUUGAGUCAAACCUAAAGGAUGAGAUAGAUUCUAUCCGUGCUCAGAAACUAGAGCUAAUGGCUGAAGCAGAGAAGUUGACCGUAGAGAAGGCGAAGUUUGAAGCUGAGUGGGAAUUAAUUGAUGAAAAGAGAGAGGAACUAAGGAAGGAAGCUGAACGGGUGGAAAAAGAGAGAUUGGUGUUUUCCAAGUUUAUUAAGGAUGAAUAUGAUAGUCUAAGGCAGGAGAAGGACGACAUGCGGGAUCAGUACAAAUGUGAUGUUGAGUCACUUUGCCGUGAGCGGGAAGAUUUCAUGAACAAGAUGGUGCAAGAGCGAUCUGAGUGGUUCAACAAGAUGCAGCAAGAACGCGCAGAUUUCUUAUUGGAAAUUGAGAUGCGGCAGAGGGAGUUGGAGAACUGUAUUGAUAAGAAGCGUGAAGAAUUAGAAAGUUCUUUGAGGGAAAAAGAGAUGGCUUUUGAGCUGGAGAAGAAAAAUGAGCUUCAAAAUAUUAGCUCUCUCAAGGAAAAAGUCUCAAAAGAAUUGGAACAGGUUGCUGUAGAAAUGAAAAGGCUUGAAGCUGAGAGAAGAGAAAUAAAUUCGGAACGUGAACAAAGGAACCAUGAAUGGACUGAGCUAAAUAAUGUUAUUGAGGAACUUAGGGUGCAAAGGGAGAAAUUGAGAGAACAGAGGGAAUUAUUGCACGUUGACAGAGAGGAGAUUCAUGCUCAAAUUGAAGAACUUGAGAAACUGGAGAAUGUCAAAAGUGCCUUAGAUAAUAUGGCUCGAAAUGAAAUGGAACUAUCCAAUUCAGUGCCUAAUCACAAAAAAGUUUCCAGAAAAAGGUAUGUGAAGCGGUCAAGUCAUACAGAAGAUGGUGAAAUCAAUUUGCACAAUGGAAAUAAUCUUAACAACCUUAGCAAUGGGUCUGAUUCUCCAUCCAACUUAAAAGCAGAUGUUUUUUUCCCUCCUCCUUCAGCACGUCUCUCGUGGAUCAGAAGAUGCUCUGAUUUAAUUUUUAGGCAGUCUCCUGAGAAGCUUCCAUCAAAGUAUGAAGAGAGCUCUCAAAUUCCUCGUGAUGAAGAUGCAAGCAUGACGGUAGCUGGACCUCAAAAUCCUUCAGGUAAUCAUGAUCACGUGUUUAAUGGAAAUGAGAUGUUACAGGGAAUUGUCAGCGAGAGGCAGCUGCCAGGAUAUUCUUUUGGAGAACCAAAAGUGAUUCUUGAAGUGCCUCAGACAUGUGAGGUUGCAAAAGGAAUACAGGAUGUUGAAGAUGAAUCUGAUAAAGAGGUGAGUGAAAAGUGUGCCCCUUCGAUCUCUCAGCAAGAGUCCCAGGCAGGAAGGAAACGAAGAGCAAAAAAAUCUUCCAACAACGAUUUUGAUUCACCUCUUGAGCAAGGGCAAAACAUCAAGAAAAGGAGGCAACAACAUGAUGCAAGUGAAAUUUCAUUAGAACAAAGCACUUUGCCUAGUGGUACAUCGCAACAGCAUAAUGUGCAUGAAGAUCAACAUCCAUCAAUUUCGUUUGCACAAACUCAUGAAGGUGAUGAAGCGACAACCGUAUUAAUUGUAGAUAAAGUCAUUAGUAUUUCAGAAGUUACUUGUGAAAAAGUUGAAACUAACCACACAAAACAUCAAGACAAUGUUGAACUCCAUAAUAAUUUGGGUGCAGAAUCAGACCUGGGUAUCCAUCCUGGUGAAGAAAAACAGUCUCAGGGAAAGGAGAUUCCACAACAGUGUACAGAAGGUUAGACAGCGUGGUGUAGAUAAACCACACUGUGAAAGCAUGAUGGUAAAACUGAUAGACAAGAUGAAAGCAGUAAGUUGUAAGAGUUCUUGCCGUUUGUUGAGUGCACCUAUAGUUUUUUCCCGGACUACUGUAGGGCA